GUGUUAAUGGCAAAUUUUAUUGUUAUAAUUAUACGUUAUAUAUCGAUAUUAUUAUUCUAAAAAAAAUUAAUGUGAAUUCACGGUGGGGAUCUUGAUACGAGUUUCAUUAAUUUAAGCAAUGGCGGCGAAUUUUAUUAAUUCGACAACGAUACUAAUCAACGACGUCUACGAUUAUUAUCUUUGGACUCUCUCUUUGGCAGAUGAAAGAACGAGAGGAUGGUUGCUAGUCGAUUCACCAAAACCAACUUUAAUAUACACGAUGUUGUAUUUAAUGAUUGUUUGGGCUGGACCAAGGGCUAUGAAAAAACGAAAAGCAUUUAAACUCACUUGGGCUCUCGUCCCUUAUAAUCUUGCCAUGGCUUGUUUAAAUGCAUACAUUGCAAUACAACUUUUCGUUGCAUCUACGAGGUUACGAUAUAGUUAUGUGUGUCAACCGAUUAGACAUAUAACGCGUCCUGACGAAAUGCAGAUCGCGCACGCAGUAUGGUGGUAUUAUUUCAGUAAAUUAUUAGAAUUCUGUGACACCUUUUUCUUCAUAUUACGUAAAAAAGAUAAUCAAUUGAGUUUCCUGCACGUUUAUCAUCACUCAACGAUGUUCUCACUUUGGUGGAUCGGAAUCAAAUGGGUUCCAAGUGGAUCCACUUUUUUACCAGCCAUGGUAAACAGUUUCAUCCACGUGUUAAUGUAUUCCUAUUACGGAUUGGCUGCUUUGGGCCCAACAGUUUCGAAAUAUCUUUGGUGGAAGAAAUAUUUGACGAUUCUUCAAUUGAUCCAAUUUACAACUGCUUUGAUACUCGGUAUCAAUGGUAUUCGUUCGGGUUGCGAUUUUCCACUUUGGAUGCAAUACGCACUUGUCAUUUACAUGAUCUCAUUCAUCGUUCUAUUUGGAAACUUUUAUGCUAAGGCCUAUAUCGCCAAG